GCUGGACUACAGACAGGCUGAGCACACACUGAGCGGCGCCAUGCACUACCCUCAGACCGACAGCUAGCCAGCAGAAAUGCCUCCUGAAGCCCUCGAGGCAGCACGAAAUGCUCGGCCCAGGCCACACGUUGUCGUAUUAUUCCACUGAUACAAGAUGUGAAGAGGGAGUACGUGGCGGAAAUGGCGAGCUUUUGAGUCUUACUUUUCCGUUUCGCUCUGUGUAGCGUGGCAGAUACAGUGGAUCGUUUCCAAAGUUCUCGGUUAGCAGGGCGCGUGUGAAGGAUCGGAAUUAAAGGCGCAGCUCACCCGUUGUAGCCUCAAACAUGGAGAAGCAGCAGAGCGAUUUGGACCGUGAACGACAGUACUGUGAACUUUGUGGGAAAAUGGAGAAUCUCCUCAAAUGUGGUAGGUGCCGGAGCUCCUUCUACUGCAGCAAGGAGCACCAGAAACAGCACUGGAAGAAACACAAGCUCAUUUGUAAGGAGGCGGAGAAGGCGCAGCUUCCCAAACAGAAGCCCGAGCAGGCUCCGCCGUCUGGGGACUACGAGGCACCGGAGAUAAAACCCGAGCAGGCGGACAGUGCAUCUUUACCACAAACCACAUACACAGAAGCACCUGUGGUAGGUGGCAGACCGGUAGAGGACGGGUCCAACAACACCGCCACAUCUAACGGACAAACGAGCACAUCCCCUCAGAAACUUGCCUUGGAGUACAUAGUCCCGUGUAUGAACAAGCACGGUAUCUGUGUGGUGGACAACUUUUUAGGAGCAGAGACUGGGCUAGGAAUUUUGGAGAAUGUCAAAUCCCUGCACAAAACUGGCAAGUUCACAGACGGACAGUUGGUCAGUCAAAAAAGCGACUCCACAAAAGACAUCCGAGGGGACAAAAUCACUUGGAUAGAGGGGAAGGAGGCCGGCUGCGAGAAGAUCCGCUUUCUAAUGAGUCGCAUGGACGACCUGAUUAGACAUUGUAACGGCAAACUGGGAAACUACACAAUAAAUGGAAGGACAAAAGCAAUGGUGGCAUGUUACCCUGGAAAAGGAACAGGAUACGUGCGCCAUGUGGAUAACCCCAACGGUGAUGGACGGUGUGUCACAUGCAUAUAUUACCUUAAUAAAGAUUGGACUGCCAAGGAACACGGUGGCCUUCUUCGAAUCUUCCCAGAAGGAAAGGCCCAGUUUGCCGACAUAGAGCCCAAAUUUGAUCGUCUGCUGCUGUUCUGGUCAGAUAGACGGAACCCUCACGAGGUUCAGCCCGCCUUCGCCACCAGGUAUGCCAUCACAGUGUGGUAUUUUGACGCAGAUGAGCGAGCCAGAGCUAAAGAAAAAUACUUAACGGGUGCAGGAGAAAAAGGAGUUAAGGUUGAACUCGGCAAACCAUCAGAUCCCAGCUAGUGGGAAGCCUGCAUCCCCUACAAACAGCCAUUAAGUGCUCUGUCCUAAGAAAGUGGCCUAUAGAGAGCAUGUGCGUGUGUGUUUUACAUGGUAAAACAGCAGACUUUUGCUUGAGUGGGUGGAAGAUCCAUGCUUAUGGAGACAAAACAGAGAAAUACACAGUGAUUUCUGUUCAUUUCCAGCAAACCAGGGCAACCCAGACCUUGAAUGUCAUGACAUUGUUCUGAAAGGGAUUGUGUUUUUUUUUUUUGUUGUUGUUGUUGUUUUUUUUCCUUUCAUCUCUUUGGUGCAGAACGCUUACGUUACAGUAGACAUUUUCAGAAAAUCAUUUAAAACAGGAAUUAAGCUCAAAGAGAAUCUACAUCUUUUGCAUAUUGGUUUUUGCAGUUAAUUCCGUAAAGGUACAGUGUUCUGCAUAUGCUCAAUGUGUUAUGCUUUUCACAUGGAAUCAGCUGUUAUAAGCUACUGUAUGGAAAAAUGUGCUUGGGUUUGCAAUAAUAUGAGGAAUGAUCUGAAUUAAAAACACAAUUUUUCUGACAGAAA